AUGAGGAUGACCAAUAGCUUCUUCGUGUUCCCUCCAGGAGCGGCAGAUCAGGAGCUGCAGGUGACUCAGCCUGACAUGGCAGUGUCGGUCGCAGCUGGGGAGUCGGCCACUCUGCGCUGUACCCUGACCUCUCUGCUUCCCCUUGGGGCCAUCCAGUGGUUCAAGGGGGAGAAGCCAGACCGACAGUUGAUCUACAGUUACCGAGGAGGCCACUUCCCCCGGGUAACACCCGUGGCAGACACCACAAAGAGAAACAACACGGACUUUUCCAUCCGCAUCAGUAACAUUACCCCCGCAGACGCCGGCACAUACUACUGUGUGAAGUUCAGGAAAGAGGCUUCAGGGGAUGUGGAAUUUAUGUCUGGACGGGGCACGGAGCUGUCUGUGCGUGCCAAGCCCUCUGUCCCCGUGGUAUCGGGCCCUGCGGCGAGGGCCACGCCUGCGCACACGGUGAUCUUCACCUGCGAGUCCCACGGCUUCUCCCCCCGCGACAUCUCCCUGCGAUGGUACAAAAAUGGGAAUGAGCUCUCAGAUGUCCAGACCACCGUGGACCCCGCAGGAGAAAGCGUCUCCUACAACGUCUCCAGCACAGCCAGUGUGGUGCUGGCCCCCAAGGAAGUUCGCUCUCACGAGGUGGCCCAUGUCACCCUGCAGGGGGGCCCACCUCUCCGUGGGACUGCAAACUUGUCUGCAGCCAUCCAAGUUCUGCCCACCAUGGAGGUCACCCAGCACCCCAUGAUGGUGGCAGGGAACCAGGUGAAUGUUACCUGCCAUGUGGAGAAGUUCUACCCCCGGAGCCUACAGCUGACCUGGCUGGAGAAUGGAAACGUGUCCAGAACAGAAACAGCCUCGACCCUCACAGAGAACAAGGACGGGACCUAUAACCUGACCAGCUGGCUCCUGGUGAACUCGUCUGCCCACACGGAGGGCGUGGUGCUCACCUGCCAGGUGGAGCAUGACGGGCAGCCUGCGGUCAGCAGAAGCCAUACGCUCAAGGUCUCUGCCCACCAGAAGGAGCCGAAUCCAGAUGCCGCCCCAGACAAGGCCGACAGCCGGAAGAUCUUCAUCGUGGUGGGUGUGGUGUGUGCCUUGCUGGUGGCUCUGCUCAUCGCAGCCCUCUACCUCCUCCGAAUCAGACAGAAGAAAGCCAAGGGUUCCACUUCUUCUACAAGGUUGCAUGAGCCCGAGAAGAAUGCCAGAGAUAUAACCCAGAUCCAGGACACAAAUGAUGUCAACGACAUCACGUACGCUGACCUGAACCUGCCCAAGGGGAAGAAGGCGGCCCCCCGGGCCCCCGAGUCCAACAACCACACAGAGUAUGCCAGCAUUCAGACUGGCCCGCCGCCCCCGCAGGAGGACACCCUCACCUACGCCGACCUGGACAUGGUCCACCUUAACCGCGUCCCCAAGCAGCAAGCACCCAAGCCCGAGCCAUCCUUCUCGGAGUACGCCAGUGUCCAGGUCCAGAGGAAAUGAAUGGGACCGCAAUUGGCUCGAGGGGCUGCCCCCACGACCUUUCUCGUUUCACAUGGAGCAGCCGUGAUGAGGACAGCCAGCCCUGUUCCUGGAGGGCAGGGUGGCACAGGCCCUGGGACCCAGGGGUGAGGAUGACUCUGGUCUCCCCAACCCCUCGGCUCCCCGGCCCUUCCAGGGCAGCCACAGCCCCACACUGUCACACAUCUGGAGGCCAGUGUUGCCAAACCAGUCAGGGAACCCACCUGGGAACUGGCAGAGUGCUGUGUGUCCAAGAACUCUGGUGCCUCCGUCCGUCAGCGUGGAUCUUGGUCACGGUCUUGGAGACCCUUAACUGCCUCCUUCAUGCUCUGAAGCCUCAUUUUCCAAGGUGAGGAGGAGAAGAUCUCACCUCCUCCCAUCACCACUACCAUCACCACCACCACCACCAUCACCAUCCAACUGGGGCUUUUAGGGAUGGCCUUCCCCGUAGAUCGAACUGCCCCAUCCAUGGAAAAGCUGGGGAAAAACUCUGGGACCAGAGACUAGGUGCAGUUGCUGCCAACAGACCUGGCCUCCCCCAUCCCUAGGCUGACGAGCCACUGCCCUAGGGGAGCAGGGGACCCUCCAAGGAACACUCCCUAAAGGACCUCAAGACAAAGCCCUUCUCUGCCUCGGACCCCUCCACCACUCCUUGGGGACCCAUCAUCCCGACUGUGACACUCUACAUGGACCCACCUCUCCUUCUAGACCUGAGCUUGCUUCCUCCAGCCGGCACUAACUCGGCCACAUCUCGCUGUGGACGCCUGUAAAUUACUGAGAAAUGUGAAAUGUGCAAUCUUGAAACUGAGGUGUUAGAAAACUUGAUCUGUGAUGUUUUGUUUUGUUUCUUUUCUUUCUUUUUCUUUUUUUUUUUUUUUUCUUAAAACAGCAGCGACAUUAUCUUGGCUCUUUGUCGUGUGUUGAAGUACAUGGUUGGGUCUUGUGAAGUCUAAGAUUUAACAGUGGGUCUUCCUGGAGGGAUUUUCUUACAACAGAAACUGUGUUCCUCCGAGUCUCCGAGCCCCAAGGAGGAGGAGAAAGAUCAGCGUGGCUGCUUCGUGGAGACCUUUAGCCUUCUCUCUGGGACUGCCUUGGUCAAGUUCUCAGCCCAGCCAUGUGGCUGGCGCCGCAGCCCCUGUGACCCCCUCAUGGUAAGUCCGAGCCUGCCCAGUGCUCCCCCAGGCUGCCUCCUUGACGCUGCAGCCCUGUUUAGGCCUGAGCCUCAGUCUGCCUGUCUGUAACAAGGAAAAAGGGAAGCUGAUGCCCCUCCCCGCCAGCUCUCACAACCACUUUUAGGGAUAUGCACAGGGUAGGGACCACUGAGCUUGGCCAUUGGUCCCACCACUCCCUGUUCCAGCUCUCUGAGCUUAUCUCUGAAGGAGGAAUCUUCCAUUUCUGCUCUCAAACCCUAUCAGGAUCAAACUGGAAUAAAUCAAAGACAGCCAGGAGCACAGCACAGCUAUGUAGGCAGGGCCGAACCUUCACAGGAGGUUGGGCAGAGGCUGUGACUUCGUGACCCUCUGACUGCCACCUUGAUAACUGGAAAUGAGGGCCUGACCAGGCUCAGGGCAAGCAAAUGUUGCAAGCCUGUUUGGUCUGUACGCAUGACUCAGCGUGGAGACGCUACUGCCCAUGACGCUGGGCCAUGGGCUGCCCCAGGGAGGCCGGCUCAGGCUGUCACAGCACAAAGCCCAGCCAUUCUGCCCAUUCCUGCAGGUCCUACAGGAGGAACUGCAGGAGCUCAGCACAGACAGUUCUCUGGGGGAUGGCAACUUGGUGAUGGCAUUCAGGAAUUGGCUGAGCCCACAGGCCAUGUGGGCAGCUUUGGCCCCAUGAGCCACAGCUCUUCUGUGGCAUCUGGGAGCCACUGUGACCCAGCCACCUGGCUCAAGCUGUUUCCAAAUUUCAAAGAGUUGCUUAUAAAUCCUCGUCUCCCUCUCUUCUGCCCAGAGAGAGCACACGUGUGUGCCUGCGUGCACGCACACGCACACACAUACUACACACACGCUGAAUUCAAACAGAAUGUUUUCUUGGUGCCAUUUUAAUUUAAUUUAAUUUAAAUUUUUCGGAGGGGGGAAAUAAGGGAAUGAGGCCAAGGAAGACGUAUAGCUUUAGCUGCAGCCUGGAGCUCUCCCAUACCUUGUGUACUGAACCCCAGGAAAAGGAAGAUGUCGCAACAACACUGCGGAAGGAGCGUGGUUUCAGGAGUUUAUUUUAAGACUGCUGGGAAGGAAACUGGCCCCAUUUUGUAUAUAGUUGCAACUUAAACUUUUUGGCUUGCAAAAUAUUUUUGUAAUAAAGAUUUCUGGGUAACAAUGUC